CGCUCGUUUGACUCAAAAGUUGUUGCACUUGUAGCGCAGUGCAGGAGCUAGUCUGCGAGUGACACUUCCGGAGGCUAAAUGUGAAGCUUUAAGAUGACUCCCGCUUCUAAGCGCUGCUGCUAGAGCGUGUUUAUGGACUGGACUGAUCCGUGAAAAUGCUACUGAAGAGAGAAUGCUUCGUUUUGCUCGUCUUGUCGUGGGUCAGUUCUCUGCGCGCGCAGGAUGAGAACCGUGUGGUGUUUUCUUUGGGAACCUUCCAGAAUGUGAGUGUCCCAGUGAACGGGACGGUUCAAGCUGUCGUUUCCCGGAUUCCCGCUAACGUUUCCUUCAUAACACUUCAGUUUCACACACAACGCAGCAAUGUUACACUCUCAUACUUACAGGUCCCUGUUUAUGGUUUCUCGGUCACGGCACUGGAUGCUGGUCUGUUGUCCACCCUGAUGCUGAGCCAGACCACUCUCUCCUGGUUCCUGAAGACACCAGAUGGGAGCAGCGCAGCAGGAAUCGGUGUGAUUCUGCCGUACAGCAGCGCUGAUCCCGUUCCAGGAGCUUGUAAUCAGGAGUUUGCGCUGGACAUUGAUCCAAACAUCUACCUGCAAUACAACUUGUUCGAGACCACCAUUACCUUUGCAUCUGCUAACAUCGGAUAUGGAAGAGGGGAAAUUCCUCCAGUGUGUGACGUGGACACAGGCUCCAGUACUCGUUGGCGUCUGGUUUAUGAGGUGUACCAGUACUUCCUGCCGGAAGGUGACCUAUCAGAGCAGAGUCUGAUCAGCAGUAUGGAGAGAAUGGCCAAUGUGCAGAACGUGCAGGACAACAGCAGAAAAGUGAUGUCUUUAUCCUCUCAUGACCGGAAGCAAUUCUCCUUCAACUCUUUGCCCGGUCAAGGUGUGAUUUUCUCAGUGAUUGUGAGAGAUCCACUGCUCAACACUUCGGCGUCUUACAUCCCUGUUCACACCUACGCCUGCAGCUUCAACUCCACGCUGGACGGAUGCAGCGAUUUAGGGAGAGCUUCCACUAAAGUGUUUUUCACUUUGAUGGGUUUGGCUGGGCUGUUUGUGUGUUUUGUGGGCCAUCGCUUCUUCAAAUGUGAGCUGUUCUUCAUGGGCUUUGGGUUUAUGGCAUUUCUCUUCUUUGUCCUGAUCACCAGAACCACAACGCUGGAAUACGACAUCCGAUUGGCUCUGACAGCGCUGAUGGGCGUGGUCGGGGGCGUGGCCCUGGUGAUGAGCUGGUGGCGGUUUGGUUCUGUCAUGGCCUGUGUGUUGGUGGUCGGACUCAUUCUUGGAUUUCUUGUCUCCUCUAUUGCCUUUUUCACUCCACUUGGUGACCUUCCUAUAUUUCAUAAUGAUGCUGUGUUCUGGGUGGUGUUUGCUUGCAUAAUGGUGGUUGUUCCUAUGUUCUUCAUCAGGUGGCCUAGAGAGGGCAAUAUAGCUACAUGUGGAGUGGUUGGCGCAUAUACGGUUGUCCUGGCCGUCAACACCUACACCUAUACCAGUCUGUCCUACAUCACACUGGACGUCCUGAAACGCUUGCUCAACAACAACUUCAGCCGAGCGUUUAUCUCGGUUCCGCUGCAGGAUAUCGAUUUCAUCUUGAUCACCGUGUGGGUCGUUCUGGGGGUUUCGGGAAUCGUCUUGCAGCUGUAUAGGGAGAAGUCGCGGCCGUUUUUCCCGCCAAGCCCGUACGUAAUGUGGAGGCAAGAACGAGAGCGCCGGAAAACCAACGUUCUAGAUCCCAGCCACCACAAGCCGUCUUUGUCCGCCCGAAUCCUCGGACGUAUUCGCCAGCUCACGCGGCGCACGGAACCGGCCGGUGAAACCACACCUCUCCUGUUUUAACCCUUGACUUUAGUCCUUCCAGUUGCUCAAACUUGUGGAGAACACUUACAUUAGGAUUGUGCUCGAUUUUAAGAGCCUGACACAGUUUGAUUGAGGUCACAGAACCUGUGGAGAAACACGCAGCAUUAAUGGUGUUUUUGUAUGUUCCCAGCAGUGCUUGAUCCCAUUGCUGCUCUCUGACCGGAUUUACUCAUGUUAAGCAAUUGACCUCUACUAUAUACAGAAGCUGCCACUGCCUGAUUUUAGAUGCAUUUUAGCAGCUUAGAGGAAACAUUAAACUUGAUAGACAUGUCACAUGUUCAGUCCUGUCCAGUGGAGAUUUUUUUUUAAACUUUUUUUUUUUAUUGUGUCUAAUUAGUAUAGGAUCUAAGCACAAUGUGCCUGUCGGAUUUUUAAAGACAUGCAAUUUGUUUUUCAUGUUCAUCAUUAAAAUGAAUGUAUAACACGCUGCGAUUGCAGACCGAAUGAACAGGUAUUCAUUAGUAGCCACUGUAAGCCUCUAUGGCUGAUGUUUGUGUGUGUCUAAAUGUCUAAAUCCCUGCGGGUCCUCGGAGAGGUUUGGAGCUGAUGAUGGAAAUAAUGAGCUUAUUUUGACCGAGUUCCUGUGGGAAUGUGACUGUUGCACUUGAUAAUGAGGAUUUAAACUGCAGAUUCAAGUGUAAGAGGAAUAUUGAGAAUCUGUAGAGUUUAAAAGGAAAUGUUCUUUCAGUCCACAAAGAUGGUCCUUAUCUGUGCUUUAUAACUGAAUAUGUAGCUCUUAUGGAGACACAAGCCCAAGUUCAAUGUUUUCUCUCUCUAACUGACUCCAGAAUAAGUCAUUUUGCAUUAUACGGGCAUAUGAGCGUAUUCAUUAAUUUCUGAUAUCCUCUCAGGGUUUCUUCAUGUGAUCUUUGUGUCUCUCACAGAACUAACCAUCUUAUUUUUCUAAAGCAUUUAAAACAUGCAGUAAAGACUUCACAUGUUGAAACUGUUUUUAUGUGGUAGCAGUAUGUAUUUUUUGUUUUGUAUAAAAUUGUUUAAUAAUUAAAUGUUUAAUAAAGUUGUAAAUUGUGCCAUAAUACCUAAAA